AUUUCAUGGCCUUAAAAUAAUGAAAAACGCGUUCGAGUUGACACGUAUGACUGCCAAUGAUUUGUGGAAUAUAAUGAAAGUAAUUAUUUUUGUGCUUGAUGACCUUUAUGAGACAUCUGAACAAA